AUGCACCGAAUUGCCAUUAUAAACUCGGCGCGCGCUCGUGCGCUGGCCGCCUCUGCAAAGGGCUCAAAAUCCGUCGUAUCUCGUUCGUACGCAACCGCAAAGCCAGCUGCCUCCGAGGUCUCCUCCAUCCUUGAGUCCCGCAUCUCUGGCACCCAGGUGGCCGGCAAUGUCGAGGAGACUGGCCGCGUUUUGAGCGUCGGUGACGGUAUCGGUCGUGUUUGGGGUUUGAAGAACGUCCAGGCUGAGGAGAUGGUGGAAUUCUCUUCUGGUGUCCGUGGCAUGUGCUUGAACUUGGAAGCUGACAACGUCGGUGUUUCCAUUUUCGGUAACGAUCGUCUCAUCAAGGAGGGCGACACUGUCAGGCGUACCGGCCAGAUUGUCGAUGUUCCCGUCGGCCCUGGUCUUCUCGGACGUGUCGUUGAUGCUCUUGGUGACCCCAUUGACGGAAAGGGCCCCAUUGUCGCUGCCGAGCGUCGCCGUGCUUCUUUGAAGGCACCCGGUAUUCUCCCCCGUCGCUCCGUCAACCAGCCCAUGAUGACUGGUCUUAAACCCAUCGACGCCAUGGUGCCCAUUGGACGUGGUCAGCGUGAGUUGAUUAUCGGUGAUCGUCAGACUGGAAAGACCGCUGUCGCCAUCGAUACUAUCCUCAACCAGAAGAGGUGGAACGAUGGCCAGGAGGAGGACAAGAAGCUCUACUGCGUCUACGUCGCCAUUGGCCAGAAGCGUUCGACUGUCGCCCAGCUGGUUCAGACUCUUGAAGAGAAUGACGCCAUGAAGUACACCAUCAUUGUUGCCGCCACCGCUUCCGAGGCUGCCCCACUCCAGUACCUCGCUCCCUUCUCCGGCUGUGCCAUGGGAGAGUGGUUCCGUGACAACGGCAAACAUGCCCUCAUCGUCUACGAUGAUUUGUCCAAGCAGGCCGUUGCUUACCGUCAAAUGUCUCUCCUCCUUCGUCGUCCCCCCGGUCGUGAGGCCUAUCCUGGUGAUGUCUUCUACCUCCAUUCUCGUUUGCUCGAGCGUGCUGCCAAGAUGAGCGACAAAUUCGGUGGAGGAUCCCUCACUGCCCUCCCCAUCAUUGAGACCCAAGGUGGUGAUGUGUCUGCCUACAUUCCCACCAACGUCAUUUCCAUCACUGACGGUCAAAUCUUCUUGGAGGCUGAGCUCUUCUUCCGUGGUGUCCGCCCAGCUAUCAACGUCGGUCUUUCCGUGUCCCGUGUCGGAUCUGCUGCCCAGACCAAGAUCAUGAAGAAGUUCGCCGGAUCCCUCAAACUGUACCUUGCGCAAUACCGUGAAGUCGCUGCCUUCGCUCAAUUCGGUUCCGAUCUCGAUGCUUCCACUCGUUUCCUCCUCUCUCGUGGUGCCCGUCUUACUGAGCUCCUCAAGCAAGGACAAUACCAACCCCUUGCCACCGAGGUUCAGGUCCCCAUUAUCUACGCUGGUGUCAACGGUCUCCUGGACUCCAUCCCCGUCGACCAGAUUGUCAGGUGGGAGGCUGAGUUCCGUGCCCACCUCAACACCCAAGAAGCUCUCCUCAAGGAGAUCUCUGCUGGUAACAUCACUCCUGAACUUGAGGCCAAGAUCAAGAAGGUUGUUGAGGAGCACGUUUCUUCUUUCACUUCAUCGUAA